AUGGAGUCUGAGGGUGAGAAGUAUGAAGAGGAGACACCUUCUCUGUACUGGGGGAUGGAUCCUGUAUUUUCUGCAUUUGCAAGGCUGUAUAUUAAAGAUAUAAAAGAAAUGAGAGAAUCUAAGCAAGUGCCAGGUAUAUUCUUUUAUAACGGACAUCCAGUGAGACAGGUGGAUGUUGUCGGGAUAGUGAUUCUAAAGAAAGAGCGAGAUGCCUUUUAUAGUUACGGAGUGGAUGAUAGUACUGGUGUUAUAAAUUGCAUCUGCUGGAAAAAUCCCAUGAUAGCAGAAACAUCUUUAUCAGGUCUUCCAAGCACACACAGCAGUCUUGCUGUGCUUGAACAGAUGAAGAAACUCCAAGAAGUGGUGAGCCAGAAAACCAAGCUGGAGAUCGGGGAUGUUGUCAGAGUCAGAGGUCACAUCCGAACCUACAGGCAAGAAAGAGAAAUUCAGGCUUCAUGUUUUUAUAAAGUAGAUGAUCCUGUGUGUGAUGUUCAGAUUUCAAGAAUGCUGGAGCUCCCCUGUCUCUAUAGAGAAGUUUAUGAUAAACCUUUCCAAAGCCCUCAGGAGGGACAGAGUGGCCUGGAGGGUCAGAAUUUCUCAGUCAAUGUGCUGCGUGAGAAAGUGAAAGGCUUUCUAUUAGAAAACAAAAUUCAGACCUUUUACCAACAGGAGUUGGAAACGAUUGAUACUCUGGUGUCACUGGCUGGUGUGCAUCUACCCGGUCCCAGCUGUCAGGAGGUGAAGUCAAAAAGUGACUCCAGUUCCAAAAGGAUUCACAGUGUUUUUAAGGAAGCAAUAAGGAUGCUGCAAGAAGAAGGGGUGGUUUUCCAGAAACCUAGUAGCUCUAAGGAUUUAUACCAUGUGACUGACCAUGAUAAGGAGCUGCUUAAAGUGACCCUUGAUGUGAUUAAAGAGGACUGUCAAAAACCCAGGCAUGCUGAAAAAGGCUGCCAUUUCCUUCAUGUCCUGACAUGUGUUCGGCAGAGCUACAACCCAUCUCUGGCUGAAGUGGUGAUGCACCGUGUCUUGGAACUGCUGGAGAGUAACAGUGAUGUUGUCAGCACUAUGGAAGGAUAUUAUGUGGUGUUUUAA